UCGACAGCCGUCACUUGAAGGAAUCCAUUGAACGUGCUGAGUUCUCAUUGCAAUUGGAACUGUGGUUUGGUGAACAGAAUGGCACCAGCGCACUAUCGUUGGCCUCUACACGCACCUUACAGCUGAAUUUCCAUCCAGGUCGAGGGCUGCACUACCAUCUGCCGGUGCUAUUCGAUUACUUCCACUUGGCCGCCAUUAGCGUUGGCAUCCAUGCUAGUUUGGUGGCGCUGCAUCAGCCCUAUAUAAAGUGAGUAUCAUGUGAGGUGUGUGUGUGUGUGUGUGUGUGUGUGUGUGAAUGUGUUGAGUGA